CCCUGAGGCAGCGAUGGGGGCCGGUCGCUGAUCAUCGUCGGUGCGGCUCGGAGCCCCGACCCGCUCUGUGUGUCUGUACCCGCGUCCGUGCCGCUGUAAUAUGUUGUAGCAGUCGCUGUCGGCCUGAGCUGCGGCGGUAUGUUUGGGUUCAAGGCGAGCUCCUUCACCACCUUAAUCGUGGUGGCUUUCGUCGCCUACGUGUUGCACACAUGCUGGGUGAUGUAUGGCAUAGUUUACACUAAACCCUGCUCCAGUCCCAAGGCACAGAACUGCAUUAAGCCAUAUCUAGCCGGGAACCCUAGAAUACAGCUGAGCAUUUAUACUUCAACAAAAAGCAGUGUUACCGAUGGAGCCAAUCUAAACCUUAUGUUGAAUAUCGAACACUUUGAUGUCAACUCUAAAUUUGAGAGGGAUGUCAAUGUUUCACUACCAAAGAAAACCCGUAGCAAUGGGACACUGUACACUCAUUUGUUUCUGCACCACGUUGGGAUGCCACCUUGGCACGACAGCAAGCAUGUGUAUGCCAUUGGACGCCUGACAACAUAUAUGAUUCCUAAGCCUGAGGAAAUCAACUUAAUUACUGGAGAGACCAAUAGCCAAGAAACAGUGACUCCUGCUGACGCUAAAGUUCCAGACCGACCUGUUGCACACUGGAGAUCAAGACUCACCAUCAAUAUCAUGGCUGACAACUUUACUUUUGAUGGCUCAGCUCUUCCUCCUGAUGUACACAGAUAUUUAAAGCUCAUGCAACAUGGAAAAACUCUGCAGUACCUUCCUAUACUGUUUGUUGAUGAGCUGAGUAACCGAGUGAGAGAUUUGAAAAUAAUAAAUGCCACAACUGUUACACUGCCACUUACAAUCAGUUAUGAUGCUAUAUCACUGGGGAAGCUCCGGUUUUGGACACACAUGCAAGAGGCCGUCUAUUCACUGCAACAGUUUGGUUUCACUGAAAAAGACGUUGAUGAAGUAAAAGGCAUCUUUGUAGAUACUAAUCUCUACUUUCUGGCUUUAACAUUCUUUGUUGCGGCAUUCCACCUUCUUUUUGAUUUCUUGGCUUUUAAAAAUGACAUUACCUUUUGGAGGCGGAAGAAAAACAUGGUUGGCAUGUCAACAAAAGCGGUCCUUUGGCGGUGCUUUAGUACGAUUGUGGUAUUUCUUUUCCUUUUGGAUGAACAGACCAGUUUAUUAGUACUCAUUCCAGCUGGCAUUGGUGCAGUUAUUGAGGUCUGGAAAGUUAAGAAAGCCUUUAAGAUGACCAUGAAGUGGCAUGGAUUAAAGCCAGUAUUUCAGUUUGGAACAUUUGAUGAAUCUGAAAAAAAGACUGAAGAAUAUGAUACUCAGGCAAUGAAAUAUUUGUCUUAUAUACUUUAUCCUCUUUGUUUUGGUGGAGCUGUAUAUUCCUUAUUAAAUAUGAAGUACAAAAGCUGGUACUCAUGGUUGAUCAACAGUUUAGUUAAUGGUGUCUAUGCUUUUGGAUUCCUAUUUAUGCUGCCUCAACUGUUUGUUAAUUAUAAGUUAAAGUCUGUGGCACAUUUACCAUGGAAGGCUUUUAUGUAUAAAGCAUUCAACACCUUUAUAGAUGAUGUUUUUGCCUUCAUCAUCACCAUGCCAACGUCACAUAGACUCGCUUGCUUCAGAGACGAUGUAGUAUUCCUUGUUUACCUGUACCAGAGAUGGCUUUACCCGGUGGAUAAAUCCAGGAUAAAUGAGUUUGGUGAAUCAUAUGUUGAAAAAGAGACUAAAGGAAAGCUGCAUAAAAACUGAUUUCAGAAUGAACUUCCUUUGCAACUAGCCUCUGUUCAUUUGCAAGCAACCUUUAUUGCACUGCUGUCUGCAGCACAGUUACAUCAUUGAUAUUUUCUGCCUGUGACUGCAGUAUUCUCCAGUAGUGCCAACCAUUUUGGAUGUAUAAUUCCGGGAGUUGUAACAGUAUUACUCUUACGAAGAAGGUAGAAAAUAUAAACUAUAACAUUGCUGUUUAACAGCAGAAUUCAGAUUUGUAAUUUGCUGUUUCUUCCAAGGGUUAAUCGAACUGAGAGGGAGGUUCUGGGAUGUUAGUCUAUUAGAAUGCCAGCCACUGUUGAUCAACUUCAUCCAGGACUGAAGUAUUCAGGCAUCCACUCGCUGUACUUUUCCCAGCUUGGUUUCGGUUUACUUGUCUACAAUUAUUUUUGAGUACAAAAUCUAAAAUGUGAAUGGCUUAUCUAGCAGCUUUAGUCAGUGUCUUUGGUUUUGUGCAACAGUGGUUAUUACAGGAACAUUAGUUCCACACUCCAUGUUAAUUCUGAUAAGUUUCAAGUAUUCUUCAAAAAAACUCAUUUUCAAAUUAGAUAUUAAACAUACAUCAUUAAUUUGUGGAAGCCAAGAAAUUUUUUUUCAGAUUGUUUAAAAGUGGAUACAAUUUGCAUGAAUCAGUUUGACUGGAAGCAAACUGAUUUUCUCUCAUAUCAUUGAAAUUCAAAGUUUCUUUUAAAGAAUAUUUUAAGCCAAAUAACAUAAAAAUUUAUAUAACAGGAAGAAAAUUUCACAGCCAAAUAUGGUAAAUUCCAACAAAAUAAUUUAAAUACAAAAUAAUCUGCAGGUGCUGGGGUCAAAGCAACAUUCACUACACUCUGGAGGAACUCAGCUGGUCAGGCAGCAUCCAUGGAAACGAUCAGUCAACGUUUC